UUUAGAGCCAAAAAAUUUUACAAAAUUCUAGUGUUAAUCAUUGUUGAAUUACAGAAAUGAGAGAAAUAUUGCAUUUACAAGUUGGACAAGCGGGCAAUAAUAUUGGCAAUAAAUUUUGGGAAGUAAUUUCCGACGAGCAUGGAAUAGAUCCUACAGGACACUGGCAUGGAGACUCAGAUUUACAACUAGAAAGAAUCAAUGUGUAUUACAAUGAAGCUACAGGUGGAAGAUUUGUUCCUAGAGCCGUGCUUGUAGAUCUAGAGGCGAGUUCUAUGGAUACUGUAAGAAGUGGACCGUUUGGAAGAAUUUUUAGUCCAGACAAUUUUGUGUUUGGUCAAGGCGGUGCAGGGAAUAAUUGGGCUAAGGGAAUGUACACGGAAGGAGCUGAACUGGCAGAUGCCGUUUUGGAUAAUGUUAGAAAAGAGGCUGAAGGGUGUGAUUUGCUUCAGGGGUUCCAAAUAGUCCAUUCCAUUGGUGGAGGCACUGGGGGAGGUUUAGGCUGUUUAUUAUUGGACAAAAUAAGAGAAGAAUAUCCCGAUCGUAUAAUUAGUACUUUUACUGUCAUACCAAGCCCUAAAGUAUCAGACACUGUAGUCGAGCCAUACAAUGCUACGCUCUCGAUCACUCAUUUAUUGGAAAAUUCUGACCAAACCUAUAUUAUAGAUAACGAAGCACUUCACGACAUAUGUUUCCGAACUUUACACCUUACAACUCCUAGUUUGGCUGACUUGAACCAUCUUAUUUCAGCAGUCAUGGCUGGUGUUACCACUUGCAUCAGAUUUCCGGGACAACAUAAUACCGAUUUACGGAAAAUUCAAGUCAACAUGGUUCCUUUCCCGAGACUGCACUUCUUCAUACCUGGAUUUGCUCCGUUAGUGUCAAGAGGUAAGAGACCUUAUAAAGCUUCAACAGUUCCUGACCUAGUACAACAGCUAUUCGAUGCCAAAAACCUUAUGUGCGCCUGCGACCCUAGACACGGAAAAUAUUUAACUGUUACUGCAAUAUUCCGGGGACGUAUGUCCACAAGAGAAGUGGAAGAACAAAUGAUGAAUGUGCAAGACAAGAAUAGUAGCCAUUUUGUGGAAUGGAUUCCGAAUAACAUGAAGACAGCUAUUUGUGAUAUACCCCCUAGAGGGCUCAGGAUGUGUGCUACAUUUAUUGGAAAUAACACCGCGGUGCAAGAACUCUUCAAAAGAAUAAACGAAGCAUACUCUGCAAUGUUUAGAAGGAAGGCAUUUCUUCAUUGGUACACUGGGGAAGGUAUGACAGAACAGGAAUUUACUGAGGCAGAAUCUAAUAUGAGCGAUUUGAUUUCUGAGUAUCAGCAAUAUGAAGCGGCGCCUGGAGAAGAAGAUGAUGAGGAAUAUAGUGGUAGUGGUGACGAUGACGAAGAGGAUGAUUGAAAAUUUAUUUGAA